AGUAUUCCUGAUGCGGUAUGUGAGAGGAUCUCGGGUUAUGUAGAAACGAUUCGGAGACGUUCCAAUCAACUCUUGUCAUUUUGGUGGCCGGCUCCCACAGCGUUGCGUCCAGGAGAAAUCGACCUGAGCUUCCUGGAUCCGCUUCCGUGGUGUCGAGAACUCUUUUCCUGCACCAACGAUUUUGUUUGCAGCUUGCUGGGCUCCGUUCAGCAGUUCUGCUGUGGCAUCUUGGACUCUGGUCUAGAUCUCGUUGAAGUGUUGCGUUCAGGAGCAAUCGAGCUGAGUGUCCUGGAUCCGCUUCCGUGGUGUCGAGGACUGUUUUCCUGCACCAACGAUUUUGUUUGCGGCCUGCUGGGCUCCGUUCAGCAGUUCUGCUGUGGCAUCUUGGACUCUGCUCUGGAUCUCGUUCAAGGCAGCGUCGACCUCAGCUUUUUGGACCCGGUGGCGUUUGGCAGGAAUGUCAUCAGUGUCACAAACGACACCGUCAAUAAAUUAACGGUCAAACUGCAGGAGGCGAAGGCCGUCACCACGGACGUCGUGCUUGAUAUAGUCAACGACAUCCAGGAAAUGGUCUACUUCAGCCCCUCCGCUGCCCUGAACAGGACCGCCGAAAUCGUCGCGGAGCAGUGCGAAAUGCUCGCGGGCGCCAUCUCUGGGGUCCUGCCCGACAUUGCCUUUGAACCCGUGAAAGCGGUGGAAGACGCCAUCCUCCAGCUGACUGACAAGAAGGAUCUGUUUGUGGCCUACGUGAGCACCAUGAUUGUAGGCGAGCAAGCUGAACCAGUCGCUACACCACCUAAGGAUAUAAUCCAUGAAAAAGAUGAAAGGGCAGCACCUCGAUCAGACAUACCGAUGGUGAGACGCAAAGGUGAAUUUCUACCACCGUAUGCGAGAGUUGUCAAACUUGCAUCCAAAAAACAGCCGGAGCCCGGAAAAGUUCCCAUUGUAAUUAAAGACCUUUUAAAAGAAACGAAGAAAGAAACUGAAACAGACGCCACGCACCAAGAAUUGCUUACGAACAAAACCAAGGAUGAAAAAGCAACAGAGAAGCUCAAAGCCAUCAUGAAACUCCUUAAGAAAAAGCCAAAAAAAGCCAAAGAAGAACCCGUGAGAAAGAAGCCACCGAAGGAGCUGUUGCAAGUUGAAGCAAAGGCCACCGAAAACAUAACGGUUGCAAAGAAGCCCUUGAUGGUGAAGCUUUCCAAAGGUAAAAUGGCAAAGGUGGCUGAGGAAUCAAAGAAAGAUGCGGGGAAACCUGCCAAAGAGGAGAAAAAAGAGAAGGGACCUCUAACUAAAAAGCUCACAAAGCAUUUUCCAAAACAAGAAAUAAAAGAUGAGCUAUUACACAAGAGGGUGGUUCCCAAAGCUCUCAAAGUAGUCACGGGGUCAUCUGGAAAAGAAGAGAAAGAGGUCAAAGAACCUACAAAAGCAAAGAAACUUCCAAAAGAAGUUAAAGAACCUUUUACAAAAGAAAUGGAAGCCAAGAAACCUUCUCAAGAGGUCAAAAAACCUCAGAAAGAAGUCAAAGAAGCUUUCAGGAUAAAGGAGAUGAAGAAACCUCACAAAGCCGAGAAGGAGGUCAACACAACUUCUACGGAAGACAAGAAACCCCAAAAAGAAGUGAAGGAAGUCAAAGAAACUAUGGAGGUAGUCAAGAAACCGUAUAAACAAAAGAAAGAAGUCAAAGAACCUAUGGAGGUAGUCAGGAAACCACAGAGAGAAGAGAAAGAAGUCAAAGAAUCAUCAAAGGAAGCCAAGAAACCUCCAAAGGAGGAGAUGGAGGUCAAGAUACUUUCUGGAGAAAAGAAGGAAGUCCAAAAAUUUCAAAAAGAAGAGAAACGUGUCAAAGAAACUUUAAGGGAUACUUUAAAUAAUACCAAACCUUCAAAAGAACUCAAGAGAUCUCCACAAGAAGUCAAAGAGCCUCCUAGAAAAAAGAAGGCGGUCAAGAAACCCAUCAAAGAAGAGAAAGAACAUUCUGAAGAAGCCAAGAAAGGUCUUAAAGAAGAGGAAGUUGUCAAAGAACCUUCUAGAGAAGAGAAGGAAGUUGGGAAACAUCCGAAAGACGAUACAGCGGUCAAAGUCACUUCAAAGAAAGUCAGGAAGGUGCAGAAGCAAGGCAACGAGGUCAAAGAACCUUCUAAGGAAGCUAAGACACCUCUGAAACAAGCGAGAGAAGUCAAAGAUCCUUCUGAGGAAGUCAAGAAACCUUCAACAGAAGACAAAGACAUCAAAGAACCUUCCAAGGAAACUAAGAAACCUCCAAAAGAACUUAAAGAACUUUCUAGCAAAGAGAAGGAAGUCAGGAAACCGAGGAAAGAAGAGAAGAUGGUCCAAGAAUCGGCAAUGGAAGAGAUGGAAGAAAAAGUAAAGGAGGACAACAUUGAGCUGAGCAAACCUUCCAAUGAACAAAAGUCUGUGGAACCACUCAUAGAAGAUGCUGGAAAACUACCCAGACAGAAACUUCACAGAAAAUUGAGUACUGUCAGUGCGUUACUCAAAGAGGUACAAGAGAAACCCCUGAGAGAAGGCAAAGAAGACAAGAGGCGUCCUCAAGAAGAAGGUGACAAAGCUCUCAAAAUGGAGAGUGCUGUCAAAGAACAUCCCAAGGAAGGCCAGAAACCGGCUUCGGAGAAGCAAGAUACCAAGAGACCCAUCAAAAGAGUUACGAAACCACUCUUGGAGAAGAAAGAAAUCAAGAAAGCCAUUAAAGCAAACAACGGAGCAAAUGUGUCUUCUGAGAAACCACAUGAAGAUGGGUCCAAAAUCCAAGUCAGGAGGGAGACUUCUGAUAGACUUUUCAAAGUCCAGAAACAAGUUUCAGAAGUAAAACAAGCUCCCAAAGAUGAGUUGAAAGAAAAAAUACCUCGUGCAAAAGUGGUGGUCUUCAGGAGAACUUCCAAAGACCAUGUGGAAGCUCUCAAAGAAACACGCAAAGAGCUUAGCAAUCAAACAGAAGAAGUCAAGAAGUCUCCAAAGGAGGAAAAGGAACUCAAGAAACAUCUCACAGAAGAACUCCAGAAACAUAAGGUACAUGAUUCCACGGCCACCACGCUGGAGAAAGAUGAGCGAAAGCGACCGCGUGCAGAACAGGAAGUCAUGAAAGAGGAGAAGGACAUCAUGAGAUCUCUCAGGAAACAGGCAACCGGAAUGCAGAAAGACCUUGUGAAAACAUCUCCAGAGAAAAUAACCUCUGAGAAAAAAGAAAAGCAAAAGGGGAAGAUUCCACUUCAAGAAGAAUCUCUGAGAGAAGAGAAAUCCGUCACCGUAUCCCUCAAAAAAGAGAAAAAGCUCUUCAAACCGAGUGAAAAAGAAAAAGACAUACAGAAACUUUCUCAAGAAAUCUCAGAUCAAAAUCAAGUCCCUGAGCAGGACGAGGGGAAGAAACCUCCCAAAGUAGAGCACAAGAUAUCGCCUAAAGUCAACACCAGGAGAUCUUUAAGCGAGGAGAUGGAAGUCAAAAGAUCGAUCCGAAGACAGACUCAGCUCCAGAAACCAACCAAAAUGGAGAAGGAACCCAAGAAAACACCCCAACAAGUCCCAGAAGAGAGUAAACCUUCUGAAGAGGAAGAGGAGGAGAUUCUGCUCAAAGAACCGCUUGAAGAAACAAAGAAAACCGCCAAAGUAGAGGUUGAAGAGAAGAAACAUCACAAGAAAGAGAAACAAACCCAAGUGGCAGACGAAACAGAAAUAAGGAAAUCAUCAAAGGAUCUUCAGCUCUCCGUGAAGGACAAGGAGCAGACAAAACCUCCCAAAAAGGCAAAACCUGAAGACAUAAUUUCCGGUGAACUCAAGCAGCCCUCCAAGCAAAAACUGAAGGAACCCUCGAAAGAGCUUUCGAAGGAACCACAAAAGUCGUCCGGGGUUCUCUCGAAAGCCACCACUGAAGAUACAACUUCUAAAGUUGACAAAAAAGUCAAGAAGGCUUUGAAAGAAGGACCUGCGCUGACAACCCAUGUCUCCCAGAGACCUCCCAGGUUGCUGAGAGUCACCAAAAAGCAAAUAGCCCCGGUCCUUAAAAAAGAACACGUGAAUGUGACAAAAGAAGCUACUCCAAAGGAAAAAGCUAAAGCAGUCAAGAAAAUAGAACAAAAAGAUCCUGCAAAAAAACACUUCUCUGCUGCAGGAGAGAGUUAAAAUAGUGCCAAUGAAGAAAUGUCAUUUCUUUUUUAUUUUCUUUUAAAUUCAUGUGAACGAUUUACUUCAUUGAUUCA